CAUCGUCGCGGCCUCAGAAAAAGGACGGUGCCAGCGAUAAAACCUGAUUGAAUCAGCCCUCUUGCCUUUCUUCCUUGCACCAGCGCUUGUCAUCAGAACGAGUCUCUUGCCUUCGACCACGACCCAAGAAUAGAGACCAGAACAGCCAAACCCAACACCAACACCAGCUCGCUCUCGACCUGCUGCCCAAGAUGCGCAGCCACUGCUCAUCCCACCUGCUCAUUCUCUUUCUUUUACUGGUGACUCUUUCCAGCGUCCUCUUCCUCUCGGCCUCUGCCUUGCCUGUUCCUGAGACCCAGCACCGCAAGCGCCUUGCCGUCAACAGCAAUACGGGCACCCCCAUCUCCAUAUCCACAGACCCCUCCAACCCCGUCAUCAAGACCAAGAGCCCGGUUGCAGCCGGAUCCUCAAAAGUGCAUCGGCGUCGUGGUCUCGAUACCAGAGACACGACUCCCGCUACCCCGAGCCAGUCUGGCCCACCCUUCUAUCCCAUUACCAAUUCUCACAGCGAAUUCCGCGCGGGAUCAAACAGAGACGUGCACCGUCGCAGCCCCGACCUCCUUGCCGAUGGCAGCGCUGCCGCUGAGCUCGCUGGCAAGAAGCGGUCUAACAACGAUUACGAUCUCGUGAAGAGGUCGCCGUGGAGCAAGGAUGGCAUUGAAAAGUUUUGCGAAUCCACCCUCUCUUGCGGUAGACUCAAGGGCCUCGGAAAGCGCCUCAUGCUGUCCCACCCUUCCCCAGUGAAAUCUUGUCUUAGGGACCUCGGAAAUUGCUCUCCAUUAAAACGCCUCGAGUCAUGGUUCAAACGCUCCCCACCGAGCGCUAACUCCGUGACACCAAAGUCCGAAAUGGCAAAGCGCGAUGGUCCCACAGCAGGCAGAGAGGAUCCAUGUAAUAGAAGCCCUUUUGGGUGCCCUCUACCUCCGCGCAAAGAGCUUGUCGAACGCUCCCCGCCGGGCAAUAAGCCCAGCACACCAAAGAUAGAGCCCGACCUUCCAAAGCCCUACCUUCCUCAUUUCCCAGAACCAGGUUUAGACUGUCAAAAACACCCUGAAUUCUGCCAACGACGGAAGCGCGAAGAGCUUGUCGAACGCUCACCGCCGGCUUACAAGCCCAGUGAAUCGGACCACACUAACGAAGACCGAGAGUACGUCAGGCAGCCUUCGAGCCGUUUUUCAAACCAGGACUGUGUCUCCUGCUGAGUCCUGUUUGGCCUCUUCGUCAACUACAGGUGCCAAGAAAACCCCAAAGUCUGCAACCCAAGGAAGCGCGAAGAGCUUGUGUAGGUUUCAAAGCCGUCGAGGGUACUCUUCAGCGAAA